AUGGAACUGUACUGUAAAUAUAAAAUAAUGCACUUUAGAAAACGCUCUGACAUAGAAAAUGCUAUCAUUGCAUCUAUGAAUAUUGAUUUUAUGUCAUAUAAUCAUACGUUUUUAACAUAAUAUUUUCACUUUUUAAAAUAACUUUGAUAUAAAAAGUAUUUAAUAAUCGUUAUUUGUGAAUUUUUUAAUGAUAUUGAUUUAAUAGCUUCAAUAAGUAGUAUUAUUAAAGUGUAUAUAAAGAUAAAAAUAAUUUUUUAUAGCAUAGAAUUAGAUAAAAUCUUUCUUAUUAAACCUUACACUAUAAAAUAUAUUAUAUAUAUGGAUGAAGGUAAC